CCUCGCAUCGCAAGGCAGGGCUGGCCAGAAAAUGGGUCUGUGAGGUCAACCAGCUUACACCUGUCUGUGACGCAUACUCAGCUUUUCACGACUUAUUAUUACACAUGACGCCACUUUUAGGACCGUCAGAAUUCUCGUCGCUGAAGUCGGGGCAGUCUCGAGAAGCCAGGAUGUCCGCGAGUGCGCGCUCUCUAGCAGCGGGCGCCCGCCUACUGCUUCCUCAGACAUCAAUUGUGCGGAAUGCUCCAUCGCAAUUUGAGCACUCGGCCAGCCCACUGCUGCUGCCGAGCCGAGCGGGCUUUUUCCGCCCCGACGCCCGGACUUCCGCGAGACCUAGCUGGCUAACGGGGCCUGCAUCGCUCUGGUCGAGUGCGAGCUCGCCGAAUGGCAGCAUGGAUGGCGAGCCGACGCGCUCGGGUACGGAGGACGAGCCGCGCGGCGGUGGGGGUGGCGGCAGCAGUGGGGACGAGGGGAGCACUGAGGACAAGAAGCGGCGGGCGCAGGCACGGCUGGAGCAGGUGAAGCGCGGGCUGGAGGCGGGCACGCUGGGCUUCGGCUUCAGUGCAGGCGGCUUCCUGUACCCCUACCACCUGGGUGUACUGUGGGAGCUGCAUGAGCUCGACAUACUCAAAGACUACAAGGUCCAGAUGGCGGGGGCGAGUGCGGGCUCAUUGGCUGUGGCCACAUACAACUGUGGACUGGAGCCCGAGAAGGCCACCCAGGCGCUGCACGAGUUCGCGGAGAACUGCCGCGCCAACGGCACCCGCUACCGGCUAGGUGGGCUGCUGAAGGACUUCUUACACGCCUACCUGCCAGACGACGCGCACGAGCGCUGCCGUGGCAACACCCACGUCGCCCUCACCCGCCUGUUCCCCGUGGUGCGGUCGGAGCUGAUCAGCGAGUUCGAGAGCAAGGACGACUUUGUGAACGCGCUGCUCACGUCCUGCCACAUCCCCUUCUACUUCAACGGCUCCUGGAUGACGGAGUUUCGCGGCAGGUUCUACAUGGACGGCGGUGUGGCCGCCUUCAUCCCGCGGCCGCCCACGCCCCACGCCGUCAAGGUGUGCUGCUUCCCAGUCAACGAGGUGCUGGCCACCGUGCAGGACCGAGUGGCCCAGUAUGAGCGGGUGGCGGCGCUGCUGGAUGUGGCCAUCAGCCCGGACGCCAGCGAGCCCUGGCCCUUCAGCUACCCGCAGAUGGUGUCGUGGGCGCUGGUGCCGGCGGAUGAUGACAUGCUGCGAUACAUGAUCAACAAGGGGCGACGCGAUGCGCGGGCCUGGGCGCAGCGCAUGGAGCUGGUGCCACAGGAUGCGGCGGCGGGGCGGACCGAGGGAGAGGGCGCGGGCGAUGUGGGCGGCGGCGCGGAGCGCGGGGCGGCGCGUGUGGCAGAGGCGGAGGAGCGGCGGGAGGCGGAAGGCGCGGCGGGCGGCGUGGAGGAUACAGGGGCAAGGCAGGGCGGUGAGGGCGGCGCCACGGCAAGAAGUGAGGCGGAGGCGGAGGCUGUGAAGCAGGCAGCGGGAGGCGGUAAGAAGUGAAUGGCUGUACGUGAAGCUUAUGGUUGUUUAACCGGCGAUCUGUUAGCAGUUGUUUACUAGGGGGAAUGCGUGAGGCUUGCUUUCCGGCGGUCCGUCAGUCAGUCCUUGAUGAAUUGCUUGCUGCCUUGCUGCCCACCGGACUGCGGCGCCAAAGGCACCGCGCAGGGGCACCACGACGGACUGCACACGAUGUAGAAUGCGCGGCGUGGUGUUAUAUGGCACAGGUUAGCAUGCGCGUGGCGAUGUGCGAUUGUUUGGUGUAUGGCUUACACAUGUGUUGCACUUGUGGCGCUGCGGCGCGGCCUGACAUAUGUAAUCAAGACAAGAAUGCAAUAGAGAUUGUAUUGCGGUGUGCCGUUCGGAGAUGCAGAGAUACCAGGGCUUUGGGACCCUCCCCUGCUUGGGACUGGAUCACAGGACGGGUUAGGCGUGUGCAGGAUGUACGUAUGGUACGGGGCCCCGACGGUGGCUGAGCUGGACAUGUGGGCGUUGAAGCUUGAAAGUGCGGUGGACGUGUGUCGCUAGGAACGCACAAGGGCAGAGGGGCAUUGGAGGGCGGAAAACCGCGGAGCUGCGGACCAGAAGGGAAGGCGAAACAACGGCUAUGGUGCAGGCGGAUACCUGACUGCAACUGAACCAACACCAUCGCGUAGGUGCCGCGUAAUAUAAACCGUGGGGAUCCGGUUUUGAGCGCCGAAGAGAGAAUGUCGGGUUCUAAGCGCCGAGGUGCCUGCCACAUUCAGGGGGCUCGUGGGGGCUCGCCGUCAAGCUCGCCGUGCCCAUGCUGCGAAAUGGUGCAUGCCAAAAUGCCAUGUCACA